AUGUCAUUAGCAGAAGUUGCAGUCGUGGACGCGGACGUCUCGUCCUCGUCGCCACUUUCACUCUUCGUGCACUGUACUCGUCUCGCUGCAGCUUCCGCUUCGACGGCUGCUAUCCGCUUGCAGCUGCUGGACCCUCCAACUUUAUACGAGGCCGAAGUCUCUUCCCGUCACAAGCCACGCGCGCUCGACUGCUCCGGUGUCGAGUAUGUGGCGGCGGUGGAGACAGCGCUAAGUUUAAUGGCAGACACAAAGCCUCGCUUCGAGCUCCGAUGGUCAAGACAGAAGCGCACACUGACGCUAAUGGAGCGCUCCGAGUUCGCCAUGAAAUUCUGCGCCAUCGAGUUCCAAGCCACGGAAAGUGGUGACAAAUGGCGUAUGUUACUGCAUCAACUCGAGACGCUGCUGGAGCAGAAGGAGAAGCUUCUGGAAACGGCAUUGGCAGCAAAGCAGAGCACGGAGGAUUGUCUGAUCCAGGGCUUCUGCGCCGUGUUAAAUGCCAAGAAGGACGAGAUCAGGAGACUGCAGGACGAGGUAGAAACAGCGCAGAGAUAUGGCAUUACUCCAAUGGUCAAGAAGAAGCCAGUGGUGAAGAGAACGAGGAAGGCGACGGGGGCCAAGUUAAAGAGGAAGGAGGAGAGCGAUGAGUCUAGUAAAGAAGAGAGUGAUGAAGAUAUGGGUACAGAGGAGGAAGAGGAGGAGUCUAAGCGAACGAAGAGAGAUGCUAUUGACGCGUACAGUCACCUGCCCGCUAAUCUGAAGCCGAGUUCGGUGCAGGUUAGCUCGGCGGAAGAUCUGCUGUCGAGUAUGGACGACAUUAUCAAGAACGAAGAGGAGGUGGAUGAAGCUACGCAGCGAGGAGAUAAGAUCCAGCCAACGCCACCUCCUCAGGUCGACGAGACGAUGGACUCAGAAGAGGAAGAUCUCCUUGACAUGUUAUCGUAA